AUGAUUGACACCGAAGAUGAUGGUCCACCACAAUUAUCAGCUGAAACGCUGAAGGCUUUGCAAGAAUGGCAACAAGAACAAGAGCAAAAUCGAGCUGCCAAUCUACCACAAGAAGAUUGGCAAUUGAGUCAAUUUUGGUAUAAUAACGAAACAGCUAAUCGAUUGAUGAACGAAGUCGUUGCUAUCCUACCUGAAAAUGGAAGAUGCGCAUUCAUUGCUUGUCCAACUGUUUGGAGUUUGAUGCGAAAAGAACAUCCGGAAAUCCACAAUGUUCUUUUUGAAUACGAUACUCGAUUCGAUACUGGUGAUCAUUCAUUUGUUGAAUAUGAUUAUAAGGACGAUGAGCAUAUUGAACAAAACUAUGCCAAUCUAAAACAUUCAUUCGAUGUUUUGAUCAUCGAUCCACCAUUUCUCUCUAGAGAAUGUUUCGAGAAAGUUUCUCAUUUAGCUAAACUUAUUGGUAAAGUAACACCGCCAUGCAAACAUAUCAUUUGCACAGGUGCUAUCCAAGAAGAAAAUAUCAAAGAAUUCUUUCCAUCUGCUGAUCGAGUAACAUUCCAACCUCGACACGAACGUAAUCUGAUGAAUCCUUUUGCUUGUUUCGUUGAUUAUGAAAGCAAAACAUUGAACACCGAAUAA